AUGCUCCUGUUCAAGUUGCUUUCUACUUUGCUUCUGGUCGGCUCGGCAGCUGCAGCAAUGGCGCUAGAGCGACGAAAGAUGAGUCGAAGCGAAUGCAUUGCGCAGAAGGUACAGGAAGUGAAUGAUUCAUCUCCCCCCGACACAGAUGCAGUCAUCUGCUACCAUGGUGACAACACGGCAACCGGCCCGAGAAACCUUGAUGGCUACAGCACCCUCAAAGCUCCGUUGUACGAUUACCGUGGCUACUACGAGUGUGGCGGUGUUGGGAUCAAUUGUUUCUGGAUGAAAUAUCCGAACGCCUGGCAGGGCUUUGGAGACGCUGGCUCGGACAACAUUGCUAUGCUGAUUGGGCCCAAGCGCACAUAUGACAGGACUUUCAUCACGGUCUCGUGCGCCAAACAAUUCUAG